AUGUACACGGACGCAGCCAGAGGCUUGCGGAGCAGACCAGCCAGUCCAUACUCGUACUCCACAAGCACCUCCAAGUCUCUCAUCUCGUCCACCAGGUUGUCUAAGCUCCUUGUAGUCGAUUGGACUCUCGAUGUUGAUAAACUUGGCUCCUUCAGGAAGAUACACCGAGAACUCGACGUUUUCGUAGGUUGCGUCGUUCAGCCCGUUGAGAAGAGGCACGCGCAGCACGUGGUUGUCGUUGUUGUGUUUCAGGAAGCUCGAGAGCUUGUUGGACCAUCCAAUGGUGAAGUUGUAGUUCCAGCCACCAAAAAUAGGGAACCGGGGCUUGAGCACGAGCUCGCCGUUGUGGAACAGCGAGGUGCUCACGUUGCCGACCUUGUCGACGAAGUAAACGUCUGUGGUGUCCACGUCCUUUGGCAAAGGUAUCUGGAUCGAGGUGAUCACAGGUGUUGGUCUCAUUGUGUACUUACCGUUCAUCCAGUCGACUCUGGAGAAGCCCUGGCUGAGCUGGAUUCCGUGGUUGGUGAGCUCGUAGUACUCCUCCAACUGCAACGAGUCGCUCCAGUGCGACACCCAGAAGUCUCUCUUGAGGCUGUGCACGAAGGGGAGCGGCUGGAUCUUGGUGAAAAUCAACACCAACGGCAGGUUGCUGUGUGCUUUGAACCGUUUGGUGUACGGACCGUAAACAAGGAACCUGUUUUGCACAGACGGCUUGAACUCCUCGGGAUCAACGUUGGCGGGCAGGUCGACCAACACUUCCUGAGCCUCGUUGGCACCGAGAAUUUUCAGCUCGUAUUGGAGAGUGUCGUAGGCAGAAAGAGCCAGUCUUGUGGUUUUGAAGAAGAUUGUCUGUUUGGCGCCCAUUGGGCCUUCUUUAGGAGCCGCCUCGAGCUGGUUUGUGAGGAUAAACGAGAAAGACAGAUGGAUCUCGGAUUUUGGAGCAAUUGGGUACGGAAGCUUAGUUUUGUAGUAGGCAAUUUCGUCCGACGACAGGUCCUCGACCAAUUCGGCCGUCAGAAGCGGGUCCUGGUACCGCGGCUUGUCGAUGAUCGCCACGAACAGCGAAACCUCGUCUUUCAGGUAGCUGGGGAUCGCAAAGUAGUACUCGUCGGUGGGCUCGACGGCUAUGUUCUUGGCAUGGAUAACGUGCCGUUCCUUGACGUAGGACUUGAGAACGUCCACCAUUCUUUCGUACUUGACGUUUUCCCAGUUCUGUGCGGGCGGCUGGGCCUGCACGACGAGAAGGAAAGAGCAAAUCAGCGAGAAAAGCGUGAGGAAUCUCAUUUGACUUGUUUGAACAAACUAUACAUGUUUUUUUUUUGUCAUGACACGUUGGUGAGCGAGUCCAAAUCGACGCGUCGAUUUGAGCUGGAUUGGUCGAGCUCGUCGUCAGAGGACAUGUCCGGGUCGUCUGUGUUGUUUAGGUGGAUUUCGUCGGACACGUCGUUGAGUGCUGCGUACGACUUUCUGGAACUGAUGGUUCUUCUGGUGAUGCAGAGCAUGGUUCCGCACAUGGCGGUACAGAACGCGCACACCAAGAUCGUCCAGGGACACCAGCUGAGGUGGGGCACAAACAAAAUAAGGUCCACCAGGAAAGACAGCAACGACAGCAGGAACGUGGGGAGCGACCAGAUAAGCACCGCAAGCAGGAAAUCCGACGAGGACGAGAACCGCGGGUACAGCGACAUGAGCGUCAUGGAGAGCUGGAUGAACGUGGCCACCAGCGAGAUCGGGUGCACCACCAGCAGGUAG